CUCCCUCUGUCCCGUCGGGCCGUGUGGAUCCGCCCCUGCUUAAUUUUAUAAUUUCGCCCCUUUCUGAAUUUCCUGACUACAAAAGUCUGUCUGACAUUUCUCUCUCAGUCUCAGCAGGGGAGCGGGGAAUAUCUCAAGCCAGCUACACAAAGGGAAAACAGGGGGCCCCAUUACUCACCAGGACAGGUCAGUUUGUAAAUUCCCAACACCGACUCCUGAAGAUUACCAUGGGUAGUUUCGCUUUUGAAUGCACCCUGAAAGAGGAUAUAAAGAAAACACGAGAUUGUCAGAAACAUGGGUGAAGUCUUAAUAUGAAUCCGUCAUUGUUGCUGUGCUGUGUGCUGCUCUGUUUAGCCUGCUGUGUUACGGUACACACACACAUUAUUUUGGAGGAACAAUACAGCUCCAACCAAACAACCAUCAGCUUACAAGCAAAUAACCAAACAGAUGCACCUUCUGUGCUCAUAGUCGGGCUUUCAAAAACACCUAAGAAGAACAAGAAAACGGAAAAGAAACCAAAAAAGAAAUUCACCAACCAUGUGAAGAGACCUCCGCCGCCGCCGAACUGCGUGCCGCUCCUGAGCAGCUGCAAGACGCCCAACGCGGUGUGCUGCGAUCAGUGCGCCUUCUGCCACUGCCGCCUGUUCAAGACCGUCUGCUACUGCCGCAUGGGUUACCCGAAAUGCUGAACACCUCCUGCCCUGAAAGGACGAGGAUGGGACUGUCCCGAUCCCAAAGGCUUGUUUAAACCGAACAUCAGUGCACUCCAUCAUAUACUCGGAGAUUUCCUGGUCAGAUAUAACGUUACCUACUGCUCGUCACAGACGCUCGGGAAUAAUGGAGCCACCUGUGUGAUUACCGAAAUACUCUAAAUCACAUUUUAAUUCAACGUAUAUGUAUUUUUAAAAUGUUCGCGUUAAUGAAAAGAGUAAGCACUUUAUGGAUAAAUGUUAAAAAGCAUCCGGUUCUGACCUGCAACCUGUUUGAGCUGCUGUAAACAAAAAGGGGAUAUCACCAUGACAACCACAGUUGCGGUCAAAUAGUUGUUGGUGUUUACCGCCAACACUCUCGACAAUAAAUAAAAGACAGCAAAAAUAAACAUAUAAUUAAAUUAACCGACAGAUUCAGAGAGCUUAUUUAAUAAAGAGUAUUUUACAGAAAGGAAGAAAAAACGUUUUGACGCACCUAUGUCUGUAUAAUUUGGUGAAGACUUCGGUUGUAAUGGUAAUUAUUUUAAACUAAUGGGGAAUAUUUUUGUUGAAAGAGUCGAUUUAAAAAAAAAAUUAAGUUUCUGUACAUUCAUGUAUAUAUUUCGUCUGAAAAAUGUAGAUGCAAUGUCUAUGAUUAUUAUUGAUUCAAGCAAUGAAUGACUCAAGACCAAUAUCCUAAAACUUGGGGGAAAAUACGUUGCAGGAUCUCGCGCUUUUCAUUGUAAAAAUAAAAAAAUAACAUUGUAAAUUAAUAUAAUAAAGAAUUAUACGUGUAA